UUAAAAAAUCUUGACAAGCAAAAAAAACAACAACAAAAAACCAGAAAACCCAACAGUGAGAAGGAUACCGAGAUAUCCUCACAACUUCACAGUUCAUUUCCUUAUUUUCGAUUUAAUUUUUUACAUGGUCCCCAAAAAAGUGGGGAGGGGGGGACAACUCCUUCAUAAUUCUAUUUUUUAUAUGUAAAUUUAGGAAAAAUCAUUGCUGCGACAAAAAAGGGAGAGGGGGCUAGGCCCCUCUGCCCCCUCCCUGAUUCUACGCCCCUGUAUGUAUAGGUACGUGUAUGAAUAGGUACAUGUUUUUUAGACUGACACCGCUUUGUUAAUAUGUUUGUGAGUGGACUUGUUGUUUUGCAAUACAAUGACGCAAUCUUUUUUACUUCAAAUCCAAGUAUUUUAGAAACAUGCAACACUGUGCCGGAUAAUUUUGCCAGUGCCAAGAUGGCAUUUUUCCACCCGUCUAAGGUGCAUGUAUCGAAAAAUUCAAAUCUGCCAUACGAUAGACCAUUGCUUAAAGAGUUUAUAACCACCUUAUUAAAUUUGUUUCUUGUGUAUCAUUGUUUUUGAAGUUGGCGUAAAUGAAUGGAUGGUUUAUCAGAUGUUUAUCAUUAGAAUGUCUGCUUUAUGUUGAAUAAAGUAAUUAACUGUUUGUAAGCGCAAGCCUUUAUAAGCUGCUGCAGCGAACUGAUUUUUCUGGAAAUUCGUCCUUUUUUGAAUUCAGAAGAAGAUGUGUGAAUAAGGCGUGUAAAAUGCCCAUAUAAGGAAUGAUAAGAUACUGCAAAAUUAAAAAUAUUAAUAUCACUAAGUCUGAUAAAUUUUUUUGGGAAAUAAUAAAAUUCAAUGUAUAUUUAACGUAACAUCGGUUUGUAACCCUUAAAUAUUUUAAAUACUUGUAAUAGGUUGAUUUAAACUGGCGUAUGCGUGUCAAAACCUCCAAAUAGUGUCAUUUUUUUAACGUCAAUGCCUUUUCUUUUAUAGUGUGGGUCUGAGCUCCAUAUUUUUGUCAUAGUCUAAAUGCGGUUUAAGGUAUUCGAUGUAUAACGAGAUCGUAUUUCCCGCCCAUUUCCGUAACAACUCGGAAUCGGGGGAUUCCCCUAGAGUUAUCGGUCUUGUCGAUAAGAGUUAUCGUUUUGAAGCGAACAAAAAUGGGCGCCAAGAGGGAUGGCCGAGGCCGCUUUACGAGCAAUCUUCCGAAACGAAUGCGAUUUAAGAAGACUUAUGUUACUACAGAACAUAAUUACCAAAGCAGACAUCAGUGCCCUGGGGAUUCGUGCACGUUAUGGCAUGUUGGUGUGCUAUUUUACUAACUGGUCACAAUACCGACCCGGCAAUGGACGUUUCACACCUCAGAAUAUAGAUCCACACUUGUGCACGCACAUUGCGUAUGCAUUUGGCAAACUGGGUUCUAAUAACAGAGUAGCUACCAUAGAACAAAACGAUGUCACUCUAUACUCACAGGUCAAUGCAUUGAAGAGCACAAAUCCUAACCUCAAAACGCUUCUAGCUAUGGGAGGAUGGUCCGCAACAAGUGGCCCAUACUCUAAUAUGGCUUCCUCAGCUUUGACGCGCUCUGUCUUCAUCAAUUCGCUGAUGGCUUGGUUGAGACAACACAACUUUGAUGGAGUAGACAUGGACUGGGAGUUCCCCGCCUACGCUUUGCGUGGUGGCAUACCUGCUGACUACACCAACUUUGCUCUUUUGAUCAAGGAAAUGAGACAGGCAUUUAACGCAGAAGCCCAGUCAUCCGGCAGAAGUAGACUAAUUAUUUCUGCCGCGGUUUCUCAUGCUAAAACCGUCAUCGACGCUGGUUACAACGUGCCCCAAAUUGCCAUGUAUAUUGACUUUAUAUUUAUAAUGGCAUAUGAUAUGCAUGGGCCUUGGGAGGGAAAAACAGGACUACAUUCCGGAUUGUAUGCUUCCAACAACGACCCAGAUAAAAAGCUGAAUACGGCAUGGGCCGCUAACUACUGGAACAGCAAAGGAAUGCCUAAAAGUAAAAUUGUCGUUGGCAUUCCCACUUACGGCAAAAGUUUUAUCCUUGACAAUGCUGUCAACAACGGCGUUGGGGCUCCAACAACAGGAAGGGGGCCUGCCGGGAGAUUCACGGGAGAAGCCGGAGCAUUGUCCUAUUAUGAGAUUUGCGAAAUGCAACGAAGUGGAUCAGGAACCACACGAAGAGAUUUAGCCGCUAAAGUUCCUUAUUUUGUCAAUACCAACACUAAACUGUGGGUAGGAUUUGAAGACAAACAAAGUGUACGAGAUAAGAUUCGAGAGCUUGUGGUAGGACAGGGUUAUGCAGGGGCUAUGACGUGGGCCUUGGAUUUAGACGAUUUCGGUGGAUCUUUCUGUGCUCAGGGCUCCUAUCCUUUGAUUUCGACCAUGAAAGUAGAACUGGGAUCAGGUGGAGGAAGCAGUUCGUCAACAUCGAGCACCACAACUAUAACCACUACAAGUGGUGGCGCAGUUUCUUGUGUUGGCAACGAAGGAGCAUUGCUACCUCAUCCUGAUUGUACAAAGUACUACCAAUGCGUCAAUGGGAUACCGAUGGAAAAAAGCUGCCCCGGAGGACUCCAUUUCUCUGUCACAAUUUCUGCAUGCGACUGGCCGUCCAAUGCUGGUUGCCAGUAACAAAAUUUUAAUCCGUUCAAUAAAAAACUUUUCUGUCAUCCGUC